ACAGCAUAUCAAGAUGGUACUUCUACUAGAAUUUAUCGCUCUUAAAGUAGUGAUAGACAAUUGGGCACAAUUUACCAAAUGUGCGCCGAGGAUAAGAUUAGCAUUUCCUGUCAAUAAAAGCCUUCAUAUGUGUACUCAGGACCUUAUGACGGAAGACACUGCUAAUUUUAAACUAAAAUUGAAGCUUAGGGUAAGGAUUUUAGAACCAGUUAGGUAUUCAAGACUCAUGGGACUAUUAUUGCCCUUACUAGGAGCAUUGGGAUUUGACUGCUCAUACAUUGUAGUUUUUUGAUGGAGCUACUGUGGUUUUCAAAGUGAUUCGUAAUGGCAUAGUGGGACAUUACCAGAAGUCAGAAUACAAUUUUGACUAUCCACAUGGAACAUGUGAAGAAAUGUUACUUGGCAUAUAUCCAACGAGAGUGAUACAGAACGGCCAUCCAAACGGUUAUGAUGAACAUAUGACAACAAUACACAAUUGUUGUAUAUUAGCCAUUAAAGAUGAGCCUAUUAUCCAGUUACAACAAUGGCGUAUCAGUGUUGGUUUUGUUAUGUUACGAUCUCCCCAUCAUUUGGAAGCCUUACUCCCAGCUCAAUGGUAUAGGAUACUAUCUGAAAAAGACCGAUUACAAAUUGUGAAUUUUGAUCUACACGAUAUUAGGUCUGCCGCACGCUGUCCUGCGUUUUAUACAUCACUGUCCGUGAGAACAUAUUCCAAUGAAUGGCAUGGGGAUCCCACUUAUCUCUCACUUCAAAAAGUUCAGGAAUCAUUGGACUUUGGCCUGUUGAAAUCGUUAAUCGCCAUUUGGGAGUUCACAUGCCUCACUACACCAAGCGUUAAUGUGGAAGUUGCCAAAUUAAAUACGUAUUGUUUUAAAAUACCCCAUGGCAACGGUUGAUAUGACAUGACAGAGGUUACUAUAGAUACUGGCAUAGUGGGACAUUACCAGAAGUCAGAAUACAAUUUUGACUAUCCACAUGGAACAUGUGAAGAAAUGUUACUUGGCAUAUAUCCAACGAGAGUGAUACAGAACGGCCAUCCAUCAACGGUUAUGAUGGACAUUAUGACAACAAUACACAAUUGUUGUAUAUAAGCCAUUAAAGAUGAGCCUAUUAUCCAGUUACAACAAUGGCGUAUCAGUGUUGGUUUUGUUAUGUUACGAUCUCCCCAUCAUUUGGAAGCCUUACUCCCAGCCCAAUGGUAUAAGAUACUAUCCGAUAAAGACAGAUUACAAAUUGUGAAUUUUGAUCUACACGAUAUUAGGUCUGCCGCACGCUGUCCUGCGUUUUAAACAUCGCUGUCCGUGAGAACAUAUUCCAAUGAAUCGCAUGGGGAUCCC